UCCCAGCCUGCCCCGCGGCCCCAAGAAGCCCGCCGGGGAUUGGCUGGGGCGCUGGGGAAUUCCCCGGGCCCCCGAAAUCCCCUCCAUGGGCCCAGCCUGAGCCAGCGGCGCCGGCCCGGGCAUGGCAGCGGCGCCCCGCGAGCCGCAGGGUUAGGGUGGGUCCCCCAGUAAUGGCGGAGCUGCAGCCGCGGGCCCCGCCGGCCGGGCUGGGCGAGGCCAAGCGGCCGGAGGCGGGCGAGGACUGGUGCGACAGCGGCCUGGGCUCGCUGAGCGAGGGGCAGCUCAGCCAGAUCCAGGAUGGCCUGGGGCCCCCCCCGGAGAAGCCCCCGCACCCCCCCGCUGCCGCCGCCGCCGUGACCUCUGACCCCUGCCCCGGGGGGCGCCCCGUGACCUCUGACCCCUGCCCCGGGGGGCGCCCCGUGACCUCUGACCCCGGCGGCCCCCGGAACCCUGACUCCUGCGAGCGCCUGGACUCUGCCCUGGGCGACUCCCUGGGCGAGGAGGAAGCCGGCUGGGGGGCGGCCGGGGGGCAGGCGGUGGGGGCGAUCACCCAGGGCGUGGAGGCCGUGCGGCUCGGGGAGCCUGCGCCCCGGGCCGGGGAGCCGCCCGCGGUGGGCCCCGAGGACUGGCUGCACCACGUCCUGGGCUUCGUGACCGAGGACGGGGAUACAGCCCUCCACCUGGCAGUGAUUCAUGAGCAUGAGGCCUUCCUGGAUUCUAUCCUGCAGUACACGGCCGGGACGGAAUACUUGGAUCUGCAGAACGACCUGGGCCAGACGGCACUGCACAUUGCUGUCAUCCUCGGCGCCUCCAACUUUGUCUGCAAGCUGAUGGCAGCCGGGGCGGGGCUCUGCAUGCAGGAGAAAGCUGGCCACACAGCGCUGCACCUGGCAUGCCGGGAGGGCUGGCGGGACUGCGCACAGUGGCUCCUGGCAUCGCUGAGCGGGCACAGGCCUGGCGAAGGGAAUGAUGCCUGCGCUCAGUUGGACUGCACCAAUUAUGACGGUUACACGCCGCUGCACGUGGCUGUCCUGCGGAAGGACCUCGAAGUGGUCAAGCUCCUUGUGGGUGCCGGAGCCGAUCUCAACAAGGCGGAGCUGAGCUGUGGGCGGAGUCCCCUCCACUUGGCGGUGGAGUCGCAGAGCCCGGAAGUGGUGGAGUGCCUGCUGCGCGCCGGAGCGGACCCGCGGGCCCGGAUGUACGUCGGUUACACCCCCAUCUAUAGCGCCGUGCACCGGCCCAACCAAAAGAUCUUGCAGCUGCUCCGGGAGUUCGGCUCGGAGGAGCCCGACUGGGAUUCGGAGGAAAGCCUGGCUGACAGCAGCGACGAGGAAUACGACGACAUCGUCAUCAACAGUGGACACUAUAAGAACUGACAGGGCCCGGCCGGCAUCGCCUGCAGCGUGAGCCGUUACCCAUCUCCAUAAAAGACUCGCGUCCUGCUCUGCCGCUGUGGGAAUAAAUUUUGGCAGUGGCUCAAUCUCUCCGUUCCCAGCUAGUUCCAACUAUUUAUCCGAAAGCUGCGGUCUCUGGCAAAGCUCAGUAUAAAGCUCCCGCUGCUUGGAACCAGUAGCCAAACUUCACCAGAGCUUUGAUCUAAUCCGUUUAUUUCCCCCCUCCCUUGUUCGUUUUCUUCCGUGUUUUAGUUUAGUCCGUUUAUAUCGAGUUAUUUUGAUUACGUUAAAAUAAAAUGGUAUUUCAGCACCUGCUGCUCGUUGCAGUCGCAGCUGGGCUGGAUUGUCGGCAGGAUUUCUCUGCUCGCUGCAUCCUUUGCCCUGUCGAGCCUCUGGCUGUUUGCUUUCGAAGCGGGAGCGUCAUCCCUACCCGUGCAAGGGGUCUUGCUGGAGUCCACGGAUGCUGGUCCCAUAACCAAGCAAUUCGGGUCAGUGGGGAGCUGCACAGAAUGGGGGGUGUUUCCAGCUGGCUUUUAGCUGCCUUUCAAACCCCUUAGGCCUGUUUGCUUUUAUCUUGAGAAGCAGCGAGCACCGCCUUACUCCAGCUGGAUUUAGUACGUGGGGCCGGAUUCUUUUUAGCUGCUUCCAUCUAAGCACCUAACUGAGGCGGAUGGAUUUUCACGAGCGCCGUGCAGCCCUGGGCUCCUCCCCCGGCUGUAAGGACCAGGGUGAGUGAGUGCUCUUGAAAAUCUGGGCCUCUGCUAGCGUUUAGGAUAGACAGGGCAAUAGCUCCGACUCAGGGUAGGAGGAUCGAAACAGGCAGGGUGGGGGAGAAGUUCACAGGAGGAGCAGAUGAGGCUGGUGGGAAGAAUGGGGCGGGGGGGUCUGUUCUGAGCAGAGUGAGGAAGAGGAGGGAAGAGAGGCCAAAGAGAGAGACCUUUUAGAUCUCAAAGGUGGGGGCGUGAGGUUAGAAAGAGUCAGGGCGUGUUUGGAGCUGUCUGAUUUGGGUCAGACGUGGAGAAAGAGGGACGGCGUCUGUGCCGUCUGGUGUAGGAACAGGGCCUCUCUUGUACCUUGCCAGUCUUGGCUGCUUCUAAGCAGCUCCGCCGGCACUGCAAGGUGGGACCAUCUUCAUUCCUUUCCCUGAGGAGUUGGUUUUCUUCCUCUGUGGUUGUUGACUGGCUGUAAAGCUUCGUUCGUGCUAUACUUGGCGGUGGGUGUCAAUAGGGUCUCUUCUGGAGCUACGCAGGAAGCGGUUUUCCCCUCCUGUUAAUGUUUUUGGAGAUCAAAAUAUUUGCCUGCCUCAAAAUUGGGCUGAAAAUUUCCAUCUCCGCCUUUCCUGAGCGGAAGGGCUGAAAAUAAUUUCAGUUGAGGCGUUAAGAUUUUGAUUGUUUUGUAAGUCUGAAUUCAUUCAUUUCAAAACCAAAAGUUGUUUUGUCUCCAAAACUGGAAACUUCCCUUGUUAAAACAGGACAUUUGACUGGUUUUAAACCUCCACCCCCCUCCCAGUGUUUUGAACUGAGCAAGUCUGCCAAAGAGGCCCUGUUCACAAGCAGCUUUGGCUUUGACAAAUUGACGUGGUUUUUUUCCCCCCAGGGGUGGGAACGGUUUGUCAGAUUCCCGACUAGCUCUGAUCUUUGCAUCUAACACCGUGGACUCUCAAUGGAGACUGGACCACUGGGUGCUGCGCUGUCUGAAAUUGCUUCUGUUUGCUGGGGGGUAAUUUUGGAAGAGCCGCCCUAAGCAGACCUGAGACUUGAUUUAGAAACUGGCUGCAUUAGUUACAGAUGGCUUUUCAGUAAGACCUACUCCCCGUUCGAGCUUUGGAAGGGUGCGGGGAGAAAAGAUUUAAUUCUAAACAAAAUCCUCAUUCCCCAAGGCUGCUGUUUCCUCCUUUACAUUCUCACGCUUCUUGUAAAUGAAAACACAGGCCCAAACGUAAGGGAAGAUGGGGGCUCUCUGUUUUUUAGGGGGCGGGGGUUAAUUCUCAAGGGCCGAGCACCUUAGCUGACAUCAGUGUGAUCUCAGUACCAGGAGUUGGGGGCGGGCUAAUGAGGUUCUGGAUGUGUCGGGGGGAGCCCGGACUCAGUAGCCUUCCUGGGAAGUGAGGUUGGAUUUUUAGUUCACUUGCCCCAGUGCAAAGGACUGAGGGACCUGACUCUGUUAGAGUCAAUAAUACUUUUCAGGUGGACCAGGAUUGAGCCCUCUUGGCCUCCGUACUUAUUUACUAAAGGGCUUGUCUAACACACAAGUUGUAGCACUUCAACACCACCUGGCUCUGUGCAGCAGAAGAUAACAGAGGUCAGGCUCAUUGUCCCCAUUUUACAGAUGGGGAAAUGGAGGCACAAUGAGUUGCCCAAGGUCACCCAGUGGCCAAACUGGGAGUAGAACCCAGGUUCAACAAGUCCCUGGUCCAGGGCUCUAUGCACUAGGCCACGCUGCCUCUUUGUGUCUGUCUAGUUAAAGUUGGACAGUCCCAUCUGUGGGCAAGCAGUUCUACCGACACAAAGGUGCUUUAUUUCCCCUUCGGGAAGGGGAAUGGGCUGUACCAAUGUAAGGCACCUCUAGACCAGUCUAACUGUCCACACUAGCGGCUGUACUGUCUUGCUAUCAGUAAACUCCCCCACCCUCUCCAAGUGACGUAGUUCUACUGUUACAAACAUUGCUGCAUGGAGCAGGCCUCAGACCUGGUGGUCUUGGAAUGGACAGACUGACCCCCAGCCCCCUGAGUGGGUUUUGAUCCAUUGGAUGAGGGACGCUGUUCACGAGGCCCCACCCACUUUAGCUCCCGAAAGCAGCCUGGUCCCUGGCUGAUUGUUCUCUACCACCGGGCUGAAGAGGCUGCUGCAUUCUUCUCCCAGCAGAAGGGAAAUGGCUUUUUCUGUGUAAGCUGGGUCUGUGUCUAGAGAGACAGAGCCCACAUAACUCUCGUCCAGUGCGUGUUUUUAGCUAUGUUGUGAGUUUUGUAUGAGCUGUCGUCUAACUUUAUAUGGCUCUGUGUCUGCGUGUUCUUUCUCCCCUCUCUUUGUAUCCUGUAUGUUCUUGACCAGUGAUGGGGGGAUGAGAUUAAAGCUACUGCUUGACCUA